AACUUUCUGUCUUUCUCCCCCACUUCGCGAACUCAUUCCGAUCCCAUCGAUCCUUCAGUCCUUCUCCCCUUCCCAUGCCGACGACAGCGGCGGCGAUAGCCUCCCCUCCGUCUCCGGGGGGCUCCACCACCGCCCGACGCCGGAAGCCCCUCCCUCUCCUCCGCCCCCGCGCCGCCUCCUUCUUGCAGCCGACGAGGCGGCUGACAGCACGCGCCGUCGCCGCCUCCGCCGGCCGCCGCGACCGCGUCGUCUGCAAGGCCAAGGACGCCUCCUCCGCCACCGACCACGUGGGCGAUGUAGGGGAGCAAACAUGGGACGAGGCCGUGCUCGGGUGCGAGACGGCGGUGCUGGUCGAGUUCUGGGCGCCGUGGUGCGGCCCCUGCCGCCUGAUGCACCCCGUCAUCGCAGACCUGGCCAAGGCCUACGCCGGCAGGCUCCGUUGCCUGAGGGUGAACACCGACGAGAACCAGGAGGUGGCAACGAGGUACGGCAUCAGGAGCAUCCCCACCAUCCUCAUCUUCAGCAAGGGCGAGAGGAAGGAGACCAUCAUCGGCGCCGUCGCCGACACCGCCUUGGCUGCCACCGUCGACAGGUUCUUGUAAGGCAAAGCAGGCUAGAUCAUUCAUAUCAGAGUUGCUGAAAACGUUGCAACUGUUUUCGUGGUUUACGGAAUGAAAGACUCACGGGCCGGAUCAGCUAGUUUGCUAUCAACUCUUGCUAGCUUUUGACCAAAGGAAUGAAGAGUUAAUUUGUAUGUGAGACAUUUACGUGUACCCAAUUAUAUGUAACAUUUACAUACCCGGUUUAAUACUCCCUCACUAACUUUGUACUAAAUCCAAGAUACUUAUUACGGA